ACAAAGAAUCAAAGAUGGCUGCCCUCUCUUAUUAAAGAUUGAGACAAAAGUAACCCAAAAAAGAGAGCCACCCAUCUUCCCAAAUCAGGAAACUACGGUUCCUUCAUUGUCUUUGAGCCAUUCUCUCUGUAAAUUUCUCUACUUUUCACAUGGAAGGCUCAGCAAAUGAACGUCUUAGUUUUGGGAAGAUGGGCUACGGGUGCAAGCAUUAUAGAAGGAGGUGCAUGAUUAGAGCUCCUUGUUGCAACGAGAUCUACGAUUGUCGCCAUUGUCACAAUGAGGCCACGAACAUGUUGGGGAACCCAGUUGAUCGGCAUGAACUCGUUAGAUACGAUGUUAAACAAGUUGUUUGUUCAGUUUGUGACACAGAGCAGCCGGUUGCUAAAGUUUGUACCAACUGUGGUGUAAAUAUGGGGGAAUAUUUUUGCGAAGUCUGCAAAUUCUAUGAUGAUGAUACUGAGAAAGCGCAGUUUCAUUGUGAUGAUUGUGGGAUAUGCAGAGUUGGUGGUCGCGAGAACUUCUUUCAUUGCAAAAAGUGUGGGUCUUGCUAUUCGGUUAGUCUGCGUGAUAACCAUUUGUGUGUGGAGAACUCCAUGCGGCACCAUUGUCCAAUAUGCUAUGAGUAUCUUUUUGACUCACUUAAGGACACAAUUGUAAUGAAAUGUGGGCACACAAUGCAUUGCGAAUGUUAUGGAGAGAUGGUAAAGCGUGACAAAUUCUGCUGUCCCAUAUGCUCAAAGUCAGUAAUAGACAUGUCUAGAAUCUGGAAGAGAAUAGAUGAGGAGAUAGAAGCAACUGCCAUGCCUGAGGAUUACCGUCACAAGAAGGUCUGGAUACUGUGUAAUGAUUGCAAUGAUACAACUGAAGUUUACUUUCACAUAAUUGGGCAGAAAUGCAGCCAUUGCGAGUCAUAUAAUACCCGUACAAUUUCCCCUCCAGUUCUUCCUCAAUGAUCAUACUAUUACAGAAAUAUAUCCAGCCAGGCAGGCUUAUUGAAAGCUUGCACCCUGUGGUUUUUUAAAUAGAAGGGGGUAUUUAAUUGCUUGUUCAAUCAUAUUGAACUGUCGUAGUGUCGUCCUUCUUAGAAGGGGAUAUUUAUUUUGAUUUUGUAUCAUUACAUUAUGAUCCAAACGACUGUCACUGUAUCAUUCAUGUACAAGCCUCGGAAACUCUCAGGCUAUUCUUCUUUCUAUUUAUCAAGUUAGAAGAACCAAAUGAGCCCUUUGGUUGUUGUAAACAUUAUAUAUGUACAGUAAUUUAAUGGAGCACUGUUUUCCAGUUA